AUGGGGAUCUGCGCACUGAAGAACCACCUGCUAAGUGCGAUUCAACGGAGCUUCCCAGGAAGAACGGGAGAAGCGACCAUGAAGAAGAGGAAGAGAGAGGAUUCACUGUCUGCCACCCAGGAAGAAUCCAUGAAGAAGAGGAAGAUGGAUGAUUACAUCCUUCAUCCAGAAGAGCGGGCCGCGUUCUUCACACUCCUUGAAGACGAGAACAUCCAGUUAUUUCUUAUCAGCGACAGCUGCUUGAAGAUCUCGGACAAGUAUCUCCUGGCCAUGGUCCUCACCUACUUCAGAAGAGCAGGACUGCCUACUGAAGAAUAUAGAAAAUAUUUCUUUCCAUCUCUGUUUUUGGCCAACCAAUUUGAAGAGGACGAGCCAUUUCGAGAGGAGAUCUACCCCUGGGCCUUCGGAUGAACGUGGACCAUACAGCGGGA